AUGGUUUUACUUCAGUCAUAAGGCAAAACCAGAUGGCCUCUUUCUCUCUUCAUUUGCCAUCAUUGUGGGUUUUCACCAUGCCUCAUAAGACUUUUAGAAUCAAACGAUUCCUGGCCAAGAAACAAAAACAGAAUCGUCCCAUUCCUCAAUGGAUUCGAAUGAAAACUGGCAAUAAAAUCAGGUACAACUCCAACGGGAGACACUGGAGAAGAAUGAAACUGGGUCUGUGAGGAAUGGCACGUGAUG